GGAGUAGGAGGAUGAGGAGGAGUGGGGCUCGGCGUGCGUCAGAAAGUCAAACAUGUUCAGAAACACUGUGACUGUAUUAUCUGCUGCAGCUAUUUGCAGUUUGCUGUAGCCAGGCGUCAGACCGAGCGAGAGCAAACCACUCCGCGCUCUUUACAUCUGCAGAUUCUUAUAUGAACAGAAAGAACAGAGGAUGGAGACGAGGAUCAUAACUUCAGGCAUCAAAUCCUCCAAACAAAGACCUGUCUCAGGACGUGACGUGUAGGAGGCAGACAGGCGGGAUGGCAGCAGGUGUGCAUGUGCUCACCCCUCUGCACACACAGGCUGUGCUCUUGUGGAUGCUGAUUCUUCCUCUGGGGUCUGAUCUGCACCUGCGUGGCCUUAAACACCCUGCAGGGGUCAGUGCCCAGAGCAACGAGAGGAGGGUUCUAGCUCAUAUGCCCGGGGACAUCAUCAUAGGAGCGUUGUUCUCUGUGCACCACCAGCCUCCUGCAGACAAGGUCCAUGAGCGAAAGUGUGGUGCAGUCCGUGAGCAGUAUGGGAUCCAGAGAGUGGAGGCGAUGAUGCACACUUUGGACAGAAUAAACGCAGAUCCUUACAUCCUCCCUAACAUCUCCCUUGGCUGUGAGAUCAGGGAUUCGUGCUGGCAUUCGGCGGUGGCGCUGGAGCAGAGUAUCGAGUUUAUCAGGGACACACUUGUUUCCAACGACGAGGAGGAUAAUGCAGGCCGCUGCACUGCGGAGGGGGGCAGUCUGCUGUUCCAGGGGAAGAAGCCCAUUGUGGGAUUGAUUGGCCCCGGGUCCAGCUCUGUGGCCAUCCAAGUCCAGAACCUGCUCCAACUCUUCAACAUCCCCCAGAUCGCCUACUCCGCCACCAGCAUGGAUCUCAGCGACAAGAGUUUAUAUAAGUACUUCAUGAGGGUUGUGCCAUCGGACAUGCAACAGGCCAGAGCGAUGGUGGACAUAGUGAAGAGAUACAACUGGAGCUAUGUGUCUGCUAUCCACACUGAGGGUAACUAUGGUGAGAGUGGAAUGGAGGCCUUUAAGGACAUGGCUGCCAAAGAGGGGCUCUGCAUCGCUCAUUCAGAUAAGAUUUACAGUAAUGCUGGAGAGCAGAGUUUUGAUAAACUUCUGCAGAAGCUCCGAGGUCACCUGCCCAAAGCCAGAGUAGUGGCAUGUUUCUGUGAGGGCAUGACUGUCCGGGGCAUCCUUAUGGCAAUGAGACGCCAGAGACUGGUGGGCGAGUUCUUACUGGUGGGAAGUGAUGGCUGGGCCGACCGCUACGAUGUGACUAAGAGUUACGAGAGAGAGGCAGCAGGAGGCAUCACCAUAAAGUUGAAGUCUGCUCAUGUGACCUGGUUUGACGAUUAUUACUUGAAUCUAAAGCCAGACAACAACUACAGAAACCCGUGGUUCCCUGAGUUCUGGCAGCACCGCUUCCAGUGCAGGCUGAGAGGACACCCACAGGAGAACACCAUGUACAACCGCACCUGUACAUGGAGAGAAUCUUUGCGUCAACAAUAUGCCCAAGAUACAAAGAUGGGAUUUGUGAUAAAUGCCAUCUAUUCUAUGGCCUAUGGUCUCCAUGCGAUGCAGCAGUCCCUCUGUCCAGGUUAUAAGGGUUUGUGUGAGAACAUGCGACCUAUCGAUGGAGGCAAACUGCUGGACUUCCUCAUGAAAACAAACUUCACUGGCGUUUCUGGAGAGGUUAUUCACUUCGACCAAAAUGGAGACUCACCUGGCAGAUAUGAAAUAAUGAACUUUAAGCUGGUUGGAGAGAAUGAGUAUGCGUACAUCCACGUGGGCAGCUGGGACCAGGGUGGACUCCAGAUGAACGAUGAGGAAAUUUGGAGCAAUAACAGUGAAAUUAUCCGCUCCCUCUGCUCCGAGCCGUGCCAGAAAGGACAGAUCAAAGUGAUCCGUAAAGGAGAGGUGAGCUGCUGCUGGACCUGUACGCCUUGUAAGGAGAACGAGUUUGUGUUUGACGAAUACACCUGUCAGGCCUGCACCCUCGGGUCCUGGCCCAACACUGACCUCACAGGUUGUGAGCCGAUCCCAGUGCACUAUCUUCACUGGGGAGACCCGGAGCCCAUUGCUGCUGUUGUUUUCGCCUGUUUGGGACUCUUGGCCACACUUUUUGUCACAUCUGUAUUUAUAAAGUUUUGGGACACUCCUGUUGUAAAGUCGUCCAGUCGGGAGUUGUGCUACAUAAUUUUAGCUGGAAUAUGCCUGGGAUACCUGUGCACCUUUAGCCUUAUUGCUAAGCCACACAUUAUCUACUGCUACCUCCAGCGGCUGGGCAUCGGGCUGUCUCCUGCCAUGAGCUACUCUGCUCUUGUUACCAAGACCAACCGUAUUGCACGGAUCCUGGCUGGUAGCAAGAAGAAAAUCUGCACCAAGAAACCUCGUUUCAUGUCGGCCUGUGCUCAACUCAUCAUCGCCUUCAUCCUCAUCCUUCUGCAGCUGGGCAUCAUCGUGGCCCUGCUCAUCAUUGAGCCACCUCAGGUGAUCUAUGACUACCCGAGCAUCCGUGAGGUGCACCUCAUCUGUAACCUUACCACUCUGGGGGUGGUGGCACCGCUGGGCUACAAUGGCCUGCUGAUCCUCAGCUGCACUUUCUAUGCCUUUAAGACCCGCAAUGUUCCUGCCAACUUCAAUGAGGCCAAGUACAUUGCCUUCACCAUGUACACCACCUGCAUCAUCUGGCUGGCCUUUGUUCCCAUUUACUUUGGCUCUAACUACAAGAUCAUCACAAUGUGCUUCAGUGUCAGCCUCAGUGCCACUGUGGCUCUUUGCUGCAUGUUUGUACCAAAGGUGUACAUCAUGCUGGCCAAACCGGAGAAGAAUGUGCGCAGUGCGUUCACAACCUCCACUGUAGUGCGGAUGCACGUUGGAGACGCCAAGAAAGCUGCCAAAGUUGGCAAGUCCUCCAGCAGCAUGGCCAACUUCUUCCGACGCCGUGCUUCUGGACAGGAAAUCAGCUCCAAUGGAAAAUCUGUAACUUGGGCACAGAAUGAACGAAGCUACCGACCCAAUUUGUGGAAACGCAUGUCUUUCCAUGUCAAGAAGAAGGACCCAAUAGAAACCAACCAGACAGCCAUAAUCAAACCCUUUUCUAAAGCCAACUCAUCUGCUGACACAGGAGUAAUACAGGACUAUGAAGAAUCUAUGGAGCCUCAAUCUUUUAACUGUUCCCCAUCUCAGUCGCCUUUACUUAGCCAGCAAGGAGCAAAAGGUAGAAGUUUCCAAGAAGAGGAUGUAGAAGAAGCUUUGACUGCGUAUAUCCCCGACCAUUCAUUAAGAAGAGUUGAGAGCCAAAGCAGUAAUUUAGUAGACUGUGAUAUUAGUGCUAUUGGAGUCGGAGACAUCGGUAUAGGGAUGAUCAGUGGACAUGUUCAAGGCAUAACUAUAAUGGAUCAAAUCAGCUGCGUGGUGAACCGUUUUACCGCCAACAUAAGUGAGCUCAAUACCAUGAUGCUACCAGGAGGGGGCGCCAUCAACUCCAAUAGUCCUCUGCCUAUGUCUGGAGAUACAAGCCAGUGCCCUGCGCAACAAUACAUAACAUCUAAGAGCACAGUAACGACGUACGCGGAGGUGACAGCGGUGCCCAGUUUUUGUGAGAAUCGAUCUGUGGACAUGGUGUAUUUGAGCGGGACAGGGGUGAGAAGGGGUAAAGACAGAGAGGACCAGGCAGCACUCACCCCCCCCUCCCCAUUCAGAGACUCUUCGCUGGGGUCCAACAGCAGCUCGCCCCCCUCUAUGUCGCCGCCUUCUGAUGCAGACUACGAUCAGCUGCUGCUCAGGCACUACAGCCAGAGCUCCUCCUCACUCUGAACCACUUAAUAAGCACUAGAGUCAAGAUUUCAGCUAUGAGGGCUUGUAACUUUAUUACUGAAGCAUUAUGAAUCACUCAAUGGGCAUUUACAAGCGCAAGCCUCAUGCUUCAUUGAUAUUUUUACAUUUGAAAUUAAACUGUGUUGAGCUUAAAUUCGUAUAUAACCAUAACCUGUAAGGUCCUUGAUCACACAAGAAAAACACAAUACAUUAUUACAAGAACUAGACCUGUCUUAGAACGGAACCAGACGAUCCCCCUUGUAACUACAACACAUGCUCUGGGUGUUGCAUGUUAAUAACAUUAUUUACAGAAGAACCUUUGGGACCCAGAUGUGAAGGGUUAUACAUAUGUUAUAACUGUACUUUAACACUAUAUAAAACAGUUCUAGGUUAGAUUUUGCUUUAAAACAGUUUGUAGCUUAGACACAGUUGUAAUACUUUAUUUACUUUAUUUAUUUACAUUUAUAUUUUUUUCCUGUCGUAUGUAGACAUUUGUAGGUAAAACCUACAAUAUUUUCUUUCUGGAUAAAAUGAAUAAAUGACCUGGUCAGGGCUUUUCUGGCAAAGACAAUUUUCUCAAAAAUAAUGUUGUCUUUUUUUCUGAGGACACGGCACAGCCGUUAUGGACAGAACAUUUUGUGACUUGAAAGUUGAAAAUGGACCAAAACCAAACUAUGAAUGUUUGUAAUACUGUUUUACUUUGAAUAUGAUAUUUAACUUUUGCAUGAUAUUACUGUUCAUUUAUAAUACAUGUAAAAAAUCAUUUUUUGGGGCAAUAAAAUUAGAAAAGUUGUUCAAAGGAGCUGAGUGCUAAUGCAAAACUGAAUCUUAACUUCAAUCUAGUGAGAAUAGCCCAGAUAUUUUUGCUCUGAGGUUUGCUCAGGAUGAGACUGGGUGAUUAUCAAAUGUGAUCUGAAAUAGUUGUUUGUGUUCAUUAACUGCAAAUUAAGAAUAUUUCUAAACAAUCAGAGUAGUAUUAGUUUUAUAUGGUCUUUUUCACUAAUGUAUGGUUGAAGCUUAAAUCUGCUGUAUAUUUGCAUUUUGAAUUGUGUAAUUAAUGAAUGUGAUAUUCUGUUUUUAUAUUGACUAAACCAACCAAUAAACAGGCUACAGGCCUUCUUAUUGACUU